UCGGAACCGUGAUGCGUUCCCUUGGUCACAACCUGACAAAAGCUGAGCUUCAAGGCAUGCUCAACGAAAUGGAUGCAGAUGGUAGCGGCACCAUCGAUAUCCUUGAGUUCUUAUACGCAUUGAUCGACACAGACUGUAAGGAAAAACUCAAGAAAGCGAUCGGAGUUUUGAGUCAGCUCACUGAAGAUCAGCUUGUCGAGUGUAAGGAAUUCUUCAGCUCAAUAGACAAGGAUGGUGACGGUUUCAUUACAAGAAAGGAGCUCGGU